GUGAGUUUGAUGAUAUAUAGACAAUAGAAUCAAUUGCUGCCCCGAGGGUAGAUAUUUGAAGGAAUACUUGGGGGAUAAUCGGCAGGAGAUGGAGGCAAUGGCUUAAUUGAGGCCGGAUCGACAAGGGGCGUGGCGUUAUUGAGUAGCUAUGCUAGAGACGAAAUAUAAUGAUUGAAGUUUAGGUAUGGAGUACGUGAGGCUACAAGCUAUGUGUGGAGGAGUACAAAGAGCAUGUCAAUAUUUGGAGAAACCAGAUGAGAUUGUUGAACAUGCUGAGGUGUACAUUUCCAUACUUUGCUUGGCAUUUGUACACUUUCUAUACCUACCAAGCAAAGGGAUAUCCACUUUGUAUUGUUCAAAUUGGGAUUAUAACUCAAUUCAAUCUUUCCAUUACAAAAGUUCUUGAACUCUUAUCUUUGUUUGGUUCAAAGUAGGGAAAGGAAGAGAAGAGGCGAUGAGGGGAAGGGAGGAUGAAGAGGGAAGGACUUUGGGAAAACUCUCAUCCAAAAUACCCGAAUUUGGGAGAUUUAAAAUUGAAGAAAAUGAAGGAUUAUGGAAGUCAUUAAACCUUUCUACCAUUAUUUCUUACUUCCUCCAAUCAAAUACACAUAUACCAUACACUUUCUUCUUUAAUUCUUCCCUUCAAAUUCCUCCAACAAAACAAAGCCUUAGAGAUGGAUGCAUCCUUUUUUUUCACAUUUAUGCAAUGGCUCACGUUAUGGCCAACUCUUGUAUCACUUCAGGUCAACUAGGCUUUUUAUCCCUCUUGCAUGAAAAUGUGAAUGUUACCUUAAGCAUCUCCAAGCCAUCACCUUGGUCCAUUUUAUUUUGGUCUCUUUAUACUAAAGAUCUGCGGAGUAAUAUUUAAAAUUCUUUCA